AUGGUGUCGUGGCGCGUGUGUGGCUGGUGUAGCGGGGGCAGCAGCAGGCGGCCUCAGCACUACCGCUACGAGGUGGUGUAUCGCCGCGACGACAGCCUCUACUCCGGCCCAGACUACCUCGAGUCUCUCCCAGGGGGCCGCGCCUCCCUCACCCCCGCCGCCGCCCACCACCCCCCGCUCCGCCCACACCACCACCACCAUCACCACCACGCCCACUAUCAGCAGCGGCCUCCUCCCCCACCCCACCAGUACCCUCCCUUGGACACCUUCACCCGUCAAAACCGUGUCAACCACUUGCUGACCGCCCUUCACCACGCCCACCACCCUCCCCAGCGCCGCCCGCACUACGCGCACCGGGGGCCCUGGGUUUCCUCGGCCCACCUAGGAGCGCCGCCCCCGAGGCCGCUUGGUCUGCCGCAGUGGCGGUCAGCGCCCCUACUGCCCUCCAACUAUCGCGACACAAGCGUCUCCUCGCGGGACCACAGCCGCGACACUUCCCGGGACAUCAGUCUGGCUUCAAGCAGCGCCCACAGCACCCGCCCGCUGCUCAACCCUACCGCCCCCCGCCGCCCCCCACCCCUCAUCACCGCCCCGGGCAAACACUCGCCCUGUAAGCCGCCUCACCGAUCCCCCAGGACACCUCUAUCCCCCGGACCCCCUGGCUACCCCGAAACAGCCUUCACCUUCUCCCCCCUUCCUAGUCUCUCCGUGGGGUGUGGUCAGGGGACAGUUGAAAGGAAUUGA